UUUUCAUACAAAUAAAAAUAUAAAAAAUUGAUAAUUUGAAUAAACAAGUGAAUGGAGUGGCUAGUGACGUAUGACAUAUAAAGCUUGAACUAUGCGCAAUAAGUGUUGUCCAAAUGGUGAAGUUUGUUUUGAAGAAUAAGUGUUAAUAUUUUCUUGCAAGUGUCAACAAUAUGUGUGGGCGGUACAAAAAAAUAAGAAGUUCUUACCAUGAGCACUAAAAAACAUACAAACACACAUAUUUAUGUAAAAAUAGAUGCUAACGUAUGGACUUCAUGGACAGCAGCAUUCGAUAUUUUACGUAUCGCUGAAUCCAUUGGGGAUUGACGAAAUCGCGGAUAUUUAAAGCCCAUUUGCCAAAAGUAAUCCAGCAAAAUGGGCGCAAAUACCUCCAACGGUGGAUAUCCAAUGGCAGGUGCUGAGCACGCAGCUGGCAGUGAAAAUUGCACGGGCUCAGUAUCUGUGCUGCUGCCAACUAGUACGACUAAUGUGUCCACAGCAGCGGGCUCAACUGGCAGCGGUGGCGGACCUGGUGGCAACAACAGUGGCAGUGGAGCAACAAGUCUUGCAUUUAACGGUGUGCACUUUCAUCGAGAUCAGCGGCGGAAGCGCGUAACGGGAUUUGCGACGCUAAAGCGUAAAUUCAUACGUCGUCGACGUUCAUCCAAAGCCUGUGAUCAUGCACGUGUCCUACGUGACUUUGUCUCAGACUGGACACCGCUUGAAUUGGCUGCACUUUGCGAGGAGUUUGAAGCAUUGGCAGCUUUACGGGAUUUAUCGGUACAAGCAGAACUGGCGCGACCACCAGCCACAACAUACAAACAGGAUUUAGCUGCGUUAUAUGACUUGAAUGUCUGUACCGAUUGCGAUUUAGUAUUUCGAGGCACCGUCUUUCCGGUACAUCGUUCCAUAUUGUCAUCACGUUGUACAUAUUUUCGUGAUCUGCUGUCGGGCUGUCCCGGCUAUGGCGCACGCAUUUGCUUGGAACUGCCCACAUCCCCAAUUGAUGUGCAAUUGUUUUCAUCGUUGCUACGCUAUCUAUACACCGGUGAUCUUUGUCCACACGAUCCGACUAUAAACAUUAAUUUGCUGCGCCAGCUGGGCGAAGAUUUUGGUGCUCCCAAUCCGCUAGAGCACGAUCUAAGAUAUUUAUUGGAAACAGGCGAUUAUGCAGACGCUGCCCUCGUAUUUACAGCCGAGGCCGGCAACGAUUAUCUGCGCCAAGAUUCUGGCAACUCUGAGUAUGGCUUUCGGCCAAAACUUGAGCUUCCAUGUCAUAAAGCGAUACUGAGCGCACGCUCACCAUUUUUCCGUAAUCUCAUUGCCCGCCGCACGCGCAACAUUGAUGAAUAUGUUGAACGCUCCAUACAUGUGCCCACGCGCAUUGUGCUCGACGAGCUGGUCAUACCAAAAAGAUAUGCACGCGUGCUACUCCAUGCCAUAUACUUGGAUACUGUUGACCUGGCGCUCAUUAUGCGUGGCGCUGGCUCUGGCACUGCGGCAGGUUCGUUGGGUGAAGUGCACGCAUUAACCAAUACUGGUCGCGUUCGACCCACCACCAUUGAGGAGGCCAUGGAACUCUAUCAGAUCGGCCGCUUUCUCGAACUGGACAUUUUGGCGCAAGGCUGUGAAGAUUUAAUACUCGAGUGGCUAUCACUGGACACGCUAUCAAUGGUACUCAAAUGGGGCUGUCAGCCACAUGGCUCCGCCUGGGUCUUCCGCCAGGCCUGCCAAUACUUGAGAGAAGAGUUCGCAGCGGUUAGCGCCUCGCCAGUGCUAAAUCAGUUGGACAAAGGGCAGCUAAUUCACAUUUUGCACAGCAACUUUUUGCAAGCCUCGGAGCUGGAGGUGCUGCAGGCAGUUCUUAAAUGGGGCGAACAAGAACUCAUACGCCGCAUGGAGGAUCGCGAGCCAAAUCUAUUAUCGCAUACAGCGCACUCGGUGUCACGCAAGGGGAUCAAGAAGCGCGACCUGAGCGAUGUGGAGUUGCGUGAAAUAUUGUCGGAGCUGUUGCCUUUAGUGCGCAUGGAUCAUGUGCUGCCACCGAAUAGCGAUAUACUCUGCCAGGCGAUACGUCGUGGCCUGGUGAGCACACCACCCUCGCACAUGAUUGGUGAUGAGCGUGAGAACCUGCGCGUCAACGCUUGGAUACGCGGUGGCAAGAAUCAAGGGCUCUUUGUGCGUCCGCGUCUCUUUAUGCCCUACUACGAGGAAGUGAAGGCCUUGCUAGAGGAUCGCAUGGCCUCGUCGCACCAUCAAGUGGAGCUCAUGCGCAUGCGGCGGCCCAAGCAUUUCCCCGACAUUCCCGAUACCCUUUAUAUGGUAUCGCGCAUGAAUGCUGUGGCCGCCGCUCAGCACGGCGGCGUUGGCAGCUCACACGAGGCGGAGCAGCAGGGAAAUGAGCCCAUAGCCAUACCACCACCAGAUAGCCAUACGCUGGCCGCAAUGCGUAAGCGCGAGCACAAGCUACGCCAAUCGCCCAUGUGUCAAAGAGCUUUGUUGUUGCCCUUGUCGGCCAAGCAUGAGAUCGACAGGCAAAUACGUCUGCGUGUUGUCAGAGAGUUCAAUCUGCCGGAUGAAGUAUCCAAGCUGCUGGAUAAUACACAGCUGCGGAACCAAACAGGCGCUAGCGUCGGUGGCGUUGGCACAGGCGGCGGCGGCGUCGGCGGCAUCAACGAGGAAUGCUCCACGGGCGUACCAACGACAACUUCCCAAACCGAGAACUGUCUAUUGGAUGAUGAGAAUCAAAGUCCGCCACCAUCACCAGCGGCCGCUGGUUCUGCGCGGCAUACCACAGUGGGUGCUUCGUUUCUGUCGACCUCAUCCAUGGCCUCGUCAACAUCAUCCAUGUGCGGCACAGACGGCGUGCAGCCGUGCUAUAGUCAAAAUUUAACAUUUCCACGUCAGCAUCCAAGCGGUUUGCUUGGUGUAACCAAUCUGUUCACAGGCAGCUCCGGUUCUGGCUUGCAGUCAAGCUAUGCACGACUCUCGGCUUCAGUGCACCAUCGCAACGAAUUGCCCGCCUUGAUCACUGAAGGUGAUUUUCGUUUUCCGCACGGCAAUGCUUUGAAUAUGGGCGCUCAAGGUGCCGGUGCCUGUGGCCUAGACACGGGCAACGGACAUCUAUCGGAUAUGAUGCCAGAUGUGGCCAUGGCAACGGCCUCUUUGGGGCAACUACAUCUCAAUGCAGGCGUGAGCAGCGCUGCCAGCAGCAAUCAGCCCAAUGGCAGCAACAGCGACAUGUCCGAGAGUCUGCAGCUUGAUUUGGGCGAUGGCCCAACUCCGCAUAUAAUUAACAAUGCGCCGGGCAUAGUAUCUUUUCGCAAUUUACAGUACCAAAUGCCGCAGAGCAACUAUCAUCGUAUGAUGCAACAGCGCUCAAACUCACCGUUUGAUAUAUUACGCCAAGAACAGCAUUCGCCCGAUCCUCAACCGCCCUCAGCAGGAUCAUACAAUUCCGGGCCACCUAGAUUUUUAUAGAGGCUGCAAGUUGCUCCCGACCAGGGGCUUUAUUUUAGCACGCCUUUCUAAACACUCACACACAGACACACACACUCAGACACACAAAACAAAAUUAAAUUAAUAUUUCAAAAAUAAAAUUCUUAGAAAUUAGAUAAAUUAAAUACAAAAUAAUGUAAGUAGCGUGCAAAUAUUAAGUUGCAACAAAGAAAAAAACAAAAACGAAUAAUUACCUUCGCAAAAAAAGAAAACAAAACAAAACAAAUAUACAUAUACACUUUACAUCCAAUGACUUGUUAAUCUCAAUACUCUUUUCAUGCAAGUGGGUCAAAACCGAAGUAGGGGUAUGCCUCAAACUGAUUGUGAAUUGGCCUAUGGAUAAAUAAAUGUGUAAUUAUAAUCGUUUUGGGCAUACGCCUUAUAUUCAUGUGCUAAACUAAAAUAUCAAUAGUAACCGACGCAAACGCUAGUUUUCUGUACACUUUUGGUUUUUAUAUUAUAUUAUUUUCUCUUUAGCCAAGCCCAACAAGUACAAUUUAACAUUCCUCAUUUUCUUAAUUUCAAAUUAAAUGCCAUUUACAUAUAUGAAGUUACUGCAGAGAUCAAAAUUAAAUCAACAUAAUUAAUAGUUAUUAUUAAGCUUAUGCAAAAGACUUAAAUUUCAAUGAGACGAAAAAUUAAACAAAAGUUAUUUAAAAAGAGACAUUUGAAAUCUAUUAAGCAUUUAAGUUUCCUUAUUGAAUUCAGCUAAAGGAAUAUUGCGAGUUUGCACAAAUAAAAUAAAAAUAAGUUAUUGAAUGUACUCGACAAUACCUUUUAAAUUCAAACUUCAAUAUUGUAUUGUUUCUGCUUCAUCAUCCAAUAACAGUAAUAAUAUACUUACAUACAUAUAAAGUCGACGUUGUUCAAUCUUGUAAAUGGGCCAAAAACGAUUUCUCUUUUUCGUCCAAAGAUAGCUAUAACAAAAUUAAAUUAUAAUAAACAUUAAGCAAAUAAGGACUUGCGAGACUUGUUUUUAGCUUAUAAACUAUUGGCAUUGCUACCUUAGUCCGAGUUAAUCAAAUUUCGUGAGUCGACAAUGAGUUCUCUCUGUUCUCUCAUUCAAUUUAAACCAAUGUACAUUAAUAUCGAUGUGAAGCUCCUGAAAGCAGUACUAUCCCGAAACUCCCGAUAAUUGAGGGUUAUAAAACAUCCAUAGUAAAAGGAACUACAAAAUAAUCAAUUUGCAAAUCGUCGUCUAUGUAAAGCGCAGUAACUCCGGAAUUAGAGAGAGUGCACAAUAGACCUCUCUCAGUAAUAAUAAAAAUAAAAAAAAAUUGU